GUUGUGCAACCCUGCAUGAACAGUGAGAGAACUGCUGUGUUACUGAAAACACUGGGGUUUACCCACAGUAGUCUUCAGAAGGUGCUGGUAUUCACUAGUUCAGUAAAUGAAGCAGAAAUGGUUCAUGAAGCACUGAAGAGCAACUCAAUAUUUUCCUUGAAAAUACAUGAAGAGAGCAAGUUUAAUUUCAAGUAUAUCUUGGAGCAGUGGACAAAAAAGUGUAGUACUGGCACUCACGUUGUGUUAGUUUUAACAGAUGAUUGCAUGCAGUCCUUGGGAAUUACAGACGCGACUUGCGUGAUACAUUUCAGUUUUCCUUCUCCAAGAAUGUUUGCUCUGCGUCUGCACGGCAUGUCUGACAACUUCUAUAAUGUGAUAAAGGAUUCUUCUGUAGGUUGUGAAUAUACAAAGGCAAGGUCAGUCAUUCUGCUAACAGAGAACAGUGCAUCCCGUGCACUCGGAAUCCUGCGCUAUUUGGAGCAUGCAGAAGCUGAAAUCCCACCAGAACUGCAUGAUUUUACUGCCAAGAUGUUAGAAGCUGAGGAAGAGAAGAAAUCUUCAAGGCCACUGUGUGCCUAUCUUAAAACAUUUGGGAUUUGCAAGAAUAGAACAGUGUGUCCAGAUCGUCAUCAAAUUAAUUUGCAAAUAGACAUGCCUCAGAAUGUACCAGAUAAGAUUAUACUAACACCUGGAUGUGUGACAAUACUGCCUCUCCACAUUGUAAAUGCAACAAACUACUUUGGUCGAAUAGUAGAUGAACAGAAGGACCAAUAUACAAUUCUUGCUGAAGAAAUUAAUGAGUAUUUUAAGAACCCUAGCAAUAAAAUUUCUGUUAAAAAUGUGGAGAAGCUGGCAUUCUAUGGAUUAUGUGAGAAAACACUUUUUCACAGGGUUCAGGUGGUAGAGAUUUCCCCAAAAGAGGAGGAAAGCUUGUUCUUUAACGUCAAAAUCCAGUACAUAGAUGAAGGCAGAACAAGUCGAGUUCAGAGCUACCAGCUGCUUCACUUACCUGCAAAGUUUCUGUGUCUGCCACCUCAGGCUGUGGAAUUUGUGGUUUGCAGAGUAAAACCAAUUGAUAAUGAAAUUGAAUGGAACCCCAAGGUAACUCAUUAUAUUAAUCACAUGAUUAAAGGAAAACUACAUGAAGCAAAAAUAGUACAUACCUUGGGAAAUACAGCUUGGGUUGACCCAAUGGUCCGGGUUACCAGGUUUUCAGAUUUGAAGAUGUGUGUCAAGGAAUACAACGUUCGAUCCCAGAUUCUGUCUACGGGUCUGGGAACUGACAAUCCAGAACACCUAACACAACUUCAGAAGUUGUGUGGACACAUGAAACUAUCAGAGCCUGCAAAGAACUCAGAGCUUUUAAGCAUAAAGGAGGAUACAGCUGGUCCAGAGAAUGCGUCCAAUCCCCAGAAUACAUCAAUACAAGAAAAUUCUAUGGAAAACAGUAAUUCUUCUAAAAUUACUUUUGAGAAUUAUCCAUGUGAUGGUGUGGCUCAAACUGAGGAAGCAGAAGACUCUACCCUGCGUCGCCGUGCAUGCUUUCAUCCAGAAAUAAAGUGGUUUCAAAAUGAAGACACUGUUACAGUGAAGGUGAAAAUAGCAAGUGCAGCUGACAGUAAAUGUGAAUUCUCUAAAGAGAAGGUGGUUUUCAGUGCUUAUUCAGGAGACAAACUUUAUUUGGCUGACUUGGAGCUGCAUCAGUAUAUACUUGCAGAGGAGUCUGCAUGUGUGAUUAAGGAUCAAGAGGCUGUUAUUGUUCUCGCAAAAGAGAAAAAAGGAGCAUGGUGCAAAUUGCUGAAGAACAAGAAUUCUCAUGUGUCUUUUGAUUUUGAACACUGGGAAGAUUUUGAAGAUAAAAGCCCUUUUCCAGUUGGUACAAAAAAAAUGCAUUGCAGUGCUGCAUUGACUGAAGAAUUGGUUGCCUCCACAGAAGACAGUGAAACAGACAGUGAUGAGUAA